CCCCUCCCUACCCCUAUCCCCUCCACACUCCCUGCUCCUGUGCACGACGGUCCUCGCCGAUCAUCUCCCCCUUGUCCGACACGGCCUCACCAUGGACAAGGUCAUCAUGUCCGCCGCGCGGCGCUGCCCAUACGUAGCCCACAUGGCUUUCCCUGCUGGCAAUCCCUUCAAGGGUGCGGCGGUCACCAUGCCCUGUCGCGCGCGGCACACUGCCGCCGUUGCGGCCUUCAACCAGCGGGCGGCGGCCGCGGCGGCCACCACCACCACUGCCGCCGGGCUGGCGGCCCCCGCCGACACCCCUGUCAUCGGCGCCAAUGCCGCGGGCUACGCCACGUCGGUUCCCGAGGUGAGCCCCGGCGUGCGCACCCCGUCGAAGCUCCCGCUGGCCGAUCUGUCGACUGGCACCCCCCCGGACAGUCUCUUUGAGAAUGUGGUCUCCGGCUUUGGCCAGUGCGGCUCCGGCAACGGCGGCUGCAGCCACCAGCCGGCCCCCAGCGCCGGGUCCUGUGGCCAUGCGGCCGCCGGGGCCGGGUCUUGCGCCUCCGGUGUGGCGGCCUCCUCCGGCUACCAUGCGGUGCUGCGGGCCCAACAGGCGUCGGGAUCCUGCUGCGGCGGGCGCUGCGGCGGGUCGGCCGCCAUGACAGCCACCCCGGUGGUGGCGGAUCGCACGCGCGAUUUCCCCGCCGGUGCCUUCGCCUAUGACGCCUUCUUCCAGGAGCAAGUCGAGGCCAAGCGCCGUGACCGCAGCUACCGCGUGUUCAACAAUGUCAACCGCAUUGCCGGGGCCUUCCCCGCGGCCACGCACCUGUCGACGGUAUCGCUGUCGAGCGCCAUGGCCCUGGCCGGGGCGGCGGCCGUUGCCGCCAAUGCCGACGGCCCGGCUUCCACCGGGUCCAGUGUGUGCCCGGUGACCGGGCAGCGCGACCCGACCGGCCCGCUGCCGGCCGAGACGGACCCCGCUUGUCCGGUGACCGCGUCGGACCGCGGCGCGGCGCAGAUCCACCCGCGCGAUGUCACGGUCUGGUGCUCAAACGACUAUCUCGGCCUGGGCCAACACCCGGAGGUGCUUGGCUCCAUCAAGGCGGCGGUGGAUGCGCAUGGAGCCGGGGCCGGUGGCACGCGCAACAUCGCCGGCACCAGUGCCGCGCAUCUGGCCCUGGAAAAGCGCCUGGCCGAGCUGCACCGCCAGCCGGCGGCGCUGGUCUUCCAGUCGUGCUAUGUGGCCAAUGACACGGCCCUGGCCACCCUGGGCGCGCAGCUGGCCGCCGCGUCCCCCACCGGCCGGUGCAUCUUCUACUCGGAUGCCCUGAACCACGCGAGCAUGAUCCAUGGCAUGCGCCAUGCCGGGCCGAAGGCCCACCGGCGCAUCUUCCGCCACAAUGAUGUCGCCCACCUGGAGGAGCUGCUGGAGGCCGAUGCGGCCGAGGAGGAGCGCGCCGCUCGCGAGUCCGGUCUCUUUGUCCCGGGGCAGCCCAUCCCCCGGUCGCCGCGGGUGGUGGUCUUCGAGUCGGUGUACUCCAUGUGCGGCACCGUCGGCCCGAUUGCCGACAUCUGCAAGGUGGCCCAGCGCCAUGGGGCGCUUACCUUCCUGGAUGAGGUGCAUGCGGUUGGCCUGUAUGGUGCCACCGGCGCCGGUGUGGCCGAGCGCGAUGGCCUCAUGGACCAGGUGGACAUUGUGUCUGGCACCCUGGGCAAGGCCUUCGGCAACGUCGGUGGCUACAUCGCCGGCUCGCACAGCCUGAUCGACACUCUGCGCUCGUAUGCGCCGGGGUUCAUCUUCACCACGGCCAUGCCGCCGCAUGUGGCGGCCGGCGCCCUGGCGGCGGUGGAGCUGUCCGCCUCGCCGUCGGUCGGCGGGCAUCUUCGCCAGUUCCAUGGCGAGGCGGUGGCCGACAUCAAGUCCCGGCUGAUGGAUCUCGGCAUCCCGGUGCUGGCCAACGACACGCACAUUGUCCCGGUCAUGGUGUACGAUGCGGCCCUGGCCCGGCGUGUGUCUGACCACCUGCUCCACCGGUAUGGCAUCUAUGUGCAGGCCAUCAACCAGCCCACCGUGGCCCGGGGCGCCGAGCGCCUCCGAGUGACCCCCUCGCCGGUGCACACGACCGCCAUGCGCGACCACUUUGUGGAGGCCAUGGAUGCCGUGUGGCGGGACUUCGGCCUGCCGCGCGUGGAGCCCGGCACCUCGGUCACGGAGUUCUGGCGGCCGGACUUCCUCCAGGCGUCCGACGCUCAGCUCCAGGUCCUGGAGGCCAAUGCCGCGCCGAUCGCCCAUCCGCAGCGUGUGUGAGCGAGGUGCGGAGAAGCAUCCACCGCGCAGGGGGCAGGGGGGGGGGUG